AUGAAAUGUUGUUUUUGCAUUAACUUGAGAACGGCUACGUUGUUUUUGGCUGUUCUCGGCACCAUUACUCAUCUCUACGGAGCCUUUGCAUUGACCGCACUCAGCGAUGAAUUCGACGACGGCGACAGUGGCACUGUAUUUGGCUUGACAAUGUACUCUUAUCUUUCAGGUGUUGCCUGUCUUGCCGGUGCUGUUGGUGUGAUCAAGCACAAUGCCAAGCAUCUCCGUCUCUUCUCGGCGUUCUACUGGGUGGAUUUGGCACUCCACAUGGUGUUUUCUGUGGCCAGCGCCUUUCUAUUCUUCAGCAUGCACAGCGAAGUGUGCCAACAAGUUGUCCAAGAAGCACCCAAGGAUGAACACAUUGACAUGGAAACUUGUGAAACAGCAUACAUUGGCAGUGCUUGGGUGAUUACCAUCGCCAUGGCUGUUAACCUUCUUCUUAAGCUUCACUUUGCAUUCGCCAUCCAUUCGUACAUGCUCCAAGUCAAGCAGGAACAACAAGAAGAAUCGUUUGCCCAGGAAGCUGUUGUUGUCGGAUAUCCAGCUGCUGCUCCGCCCGUCUACAACGAUGUGGAGAAGGAAACAGUUUUCGUGGCUGGUCAAGAAUUUGUACCCAAUGAGAAGAAGUAG